AAUGACAUGGGAAGACAUCCUGUUAGACGAAUCCGAGGAAAAUACGCCACGUGCUCGUGCUGGCCAUUGUGCUGUUGGUAUCCACAGUCGACUUUACGUGUGGUCGGGACGCGAUGGUUAUCGCAAAGCCUGGAACAACCAGGUUAGGGUUUGUUGCAAAGAUUUAUGGUACUUAGAAGUUGAGCCGCCAAGUCAAAGCACGAAAGUGCAACUCGUACGUGCCUCAACGAAUUCUCUCGAACUGUGUUGGGCCGCAACCCCUACCGCUUCCCAUUACAUCUUGGAAGUACAAAAAAUCCCGACACCUCCGUCGACGCCAACGCCUCCGCAACCCGUCGUUCAAGCACUUCCGCAAGGCAUCGAAGAUGCUACAUCUCCAAUUGCUGUUGGACAAGUUCGCAAACAAGUUCAAGUGCGAAAACCAUCUUUGACAACGGUUGUAUCGCCGGGUCUUAAUAACGUAACGCCAACAGCUGCUGCAAGCACGACGCAAAUUAUCAAUCAAAGUGGAAAUAUGAUUCUUAGUCCACAAUCAGCGAUUCAGCGUGCUGGCACCUUGGCAAAAGUCCAAACGAAACCCCUUCAAGCGGGCAAACAAACGAUCACCGUUUCAUCGCCAUCUCCGCUGCAAUCGAAUGUGCGCGUUCUCACCUCGACUCCGCAAUCGCAGCAACCCCAACAAAUUCACGUGCUUUCCGGCAACCAAACUGUUCGUCUCGCCACGCAACCCACAGUUUCCGGUACGAUGAUCCGCACGAGUCAAGGCACAAUCCAAACGGUUCAAGCAAGCGGCGGCACCGGAAACACUUCCUCGCAACAAAUAAUUCCCGCGGGACAAACAGCGCAAGUGGGCGGCAAACAAGUGAUCAUCCAUCACACCAACAAAUCGAUACCCGUGAAAUUCAACACGACCGGAAACCAGCCGCAUUUCGUGACUCUCGUGAAAACGAGCAAAGGCAUGACGGUACAAACGGUGCCGCAAACCGUAAAUGUCGUCCAAAAGCCGGGCGGCAGUCAAACGGGCAGCACGCAAAUCGUGCAACAAGGAAAUAUUUUGCAUACGCAGGGAACGCAAGUGCUUAACGCGGCGGGAUCAACCAAUAAAACGGCCGUUGUGAGCGGAAAUGUCGUCAAAUUGAUGCCAUCGUCGACAGUGGGCAACAAACAAAUUCUCGUAAAGAACUCCAACAUGAUCCAGAUGGGUAAAGUGACGCCCAACAUGCAGGGAAAACCCACAAUUGUCAUCACGAACAAGGCGGGACAGCAAAUUCGCACGAAUCAGCAGAUAAUUGUCGUGACGACAACGCCGCAAGUUCGCACGGUUCAAAGUUCGGGCAUUGUAACGUCAGCUGCAGGCGGAAAUAUCGUCAAUUUGCAAUCGACGCAAGUUUUGAACACCGUCUCGUCGGCAAAUGUCGUUCAGCAGGGCAACCAAGUAAAGAUGAUCCGCGGAUUGCAAAGUAACACCGGCAAACCGAUCACUUUGACGAUGCCGAUGGGCAUGCAAGGCGCCAAAGUGCAACAAACGCAAGGAUUUAUGCCGCAAAAGACCCUCACGAUUGGCGGAAAAGCACUUACGGUGCAGUUGGCAAGUGCUGGCGGACCCAAAACUGUCACAAUUUUACCGGCGGGUCAAAGUGGGCAGAUGAGCAAUAGCGCCGGCGGGCAACAACAGAAGAAAAUUAUCGUUGUGCCACAGGGAAAGUUCAUCCAGCAAGGUCAACAAAUAAAAACGGUCCAAGUUAGCAGUGCCUCGGGCCAAAUUAUGCAAGUUCAAGACGUAACGGGACAAAUUGACCCGAAUAGCAUCGAUAUUAACGACAUGAUCGAGCAAACGGAUGGCUUGAAUGACAUUCGAUCACUGCGUCGCGAAGGCGAAUCGUCGACAGUUGAUUCGGAAAGUGAAGAAGAGACCUUUGAACGACGAACGUCGAUCAUCAGAAAGUAUCCGGGCAAAUUUAAAGCUAAAAAACGCGUCAAACCGCGUUACAUUCGUCUUGGAUUGUACGGCGGAGCUCCAACACCACCCAGAGAUGUCACCCCUGCCGAUGAAAAUGAUGAAAAAAUGGAUGAAAUUACGCCGGAAGAGGCUUUGGAGGCACUCGAACAGUCGGAUGCCGUCAUGAAUGACUCCACAGCCACCCAAGAAUCCGAGCAACCCUCCAACAUGACCGAAGAUUCGACAAAUAUCACACUUCACUUGAGCGGAAACGACACGUCUGAUGCUUUGCAACAACUUUCCGCCACAGAACCAGCUGAAAAUGCCGUCGAAGAAGAGACAAAAGCGGAAACGACACCCGAAGACGCCAUUAAGGAGGAAGAACCGAUGGAAGAAGAGCCCGAAGAGAAAUUUGACACGUCAAAAGAUGCCCAAGAUAUGCUCGAUGCCCAGGAUAUCGAGUCAAACAUCUCCGCAAGCACGUUGUACAAGCCAAAGGAGGACGAUGCCGGCGUUGUUGUGAUGAAACAGGAACAACCCAAAACUGAAACCGAUGAAAAACCGGAAAUUAAGACGGAAGACGAGCAAUCGGCGACACAAACGGGCGUUCAAGGACCAAGUGAGACAGAAACCGAAGCUGCCAAUAUCUUGACGACGAUUAAAAGUGGCGAACUGAUUGCCAAUCAGCAGCAAUGUUUUGACCUUUUGAGUCAAUUUGAGACAAGUACGCAAGCACUCGAUUCGUCGAGCCUCAUUCAAAAGGAGGAAGAUGAUGCGAAAGCGGAAGAUGGCGCCACGGGAAAUUUCUUAGUCACGGAAGAUGAUAUCUUUAAGCAGUUUACGUCGUCUGGACCAUUGGAUGCGUUGGCAUCCGCUGCCUUACAGGCCUCGACAAAUCAACAGUUGGCAAGUACGGUGAAAACGACAACCGUGACAAACCGGUCGCCGGGCAUUAAGCCACUCGAUAAUAAGCUGAAGCAAGGGAAGGGCGUGCCAAAGGAAGAGCGCAAGGAAAACGAAAUCUGGCACACAGUUGGCAUUUUUAAAACUUUGACACACACAGUCUCCAAUUUCAUUGAUUACGACGAAUGGAAUAGCUCGAUGUUCCCGAACAUGAAUUCCGACAAUCUUCCGGACUUGUCGAAGAAACGACGCAUCACCUUGGAGCCUGGCAAGGCAUACCGUUUUAGAAUCGCCGCCAUUAAUGCUGUCGGUCGAAGUGAAUGGAGCGAACCCGCUCCCUUCAAAACCUGCUUCCCCGGAUUUCCCGGCGCUCCGUCAGCCAUUAAGAUCAGCAAAUCCACCGAUGGCGCUCAUUUGUCGUGGGAGGCGCCACCCAGCACGGAAGGCGACAUUCUCGAGUACUCCGUUUACCUUGCCGUCAAGGCGCAAAAUGCAAAAGAAAAGACCCCGCCAUCGCAAUUAGCCUUCAUCCGGGUGUAUUGCGGACCCAAUAAUCAAUGCAACGUCCAAAAUAACUCGCUGCAGUCCGCACACAUUGACUACAACUCGAAGCCGGCAAUUAUUUUCCGCAUUGCUGCGCGCAACGACAAGGGAUACGGACCCGCGACGCAAGUUAGAUGGUUGCAAGAUCCCCAAACGGCAAAAUCCAUAUCAGUCAACAACAAACGGGUCAUGGAAAAAACGCCGACUGGCGCUGUCAAACGUACGAAAGUUCAGCAGUCACCGCAACAGCACCAAUAAGCUAAAAAAAAACACGAAGAUGAGAUAAAAUGUUAAUAGUUGUCAUUGAGGAUUUCCCGCAUACACUUUGUUUUUGUUCAAUUUAAAUAUUUUUCUCUUAUAUAUAUUUUUGCGUGUGUAAAGCCAAUUUACACAUUUCUAAUUUUAAUUAGUUAAAACAAAUAAUCGACCUUCUAAUGAUAGAAAUAAAUAAAUACUAAGUACAUAAUGCGUCGUCCUUAAAAAAAACUAUUUUAAAGGCCGACAAUAAUCAAAAAUGUUUCCGAUUCUUCCGAAAAAAAAAUUAUGGUGGAAGAAAUUUAAAAAAAAAUAUUUUUUGAUUUGUUAAUCAG